AUGAAUAUUUAUACAAUUUAUGCAAACGAUUUGGUAAACUAUGCAAAAAAAGAUGAACAAAUUUUAAAUUUAAAAAAUUCAAAUACAGAGGAUAAUUAUUCGUUAAUCGACGAAGAGAAUAUAUCAAAAAUAUGUUUUAAUGAAACAUUAACUAUAUUGAAUGAAAAAAACGAAGAAGUAGGUGAAUUUGUUGGUAAAAUACGGAAGAGUAAUUCAAAUACUAAUCCUGCAACUUUAAUGAUACAUUUAAAUUCUACUAAUAUUUCUGAACAUGGUAGAGAAAUUGGAUUGAGUGUAAUAACUACCACUACGGCAAAUUUUCUUUCUUACGAAGAAAAAUGGUCACAAUGGUACUCUGAGGAAUCUGAAAUAACACGUAAAACAGUUUUAAUUUCGAAUAAAAACAAUGAUGGACGGGUACAAAUUUACACGGAUUUAAAUAAUGGUGAAUUAAUUGAUCAAACCAAAAACAUAAAUUUAACGAAAAAUAAAAAUUUGUUAACCGAAGGAAUGAACUAUGCUUUCCUCCGAUAUCUUGCAAUAACAGGAUUUGAGGGUACUAUUAAGAAUAAAACAGCUGUAACUAUCAAUGGAACAUUAUGUAAAACAAUAUACGAAUGUUCAAUAAAAGACAACUACAAAAUUAAUAAAGUGUCAAUACCAGUGGUAACUAUAAAAAGGGUUAUACAAAUAAAAAAAUCUUUUAAAACUUCAAUUGUACAUAUGACGACUAUCUUAACUCGUUUGGGUUAUAUAUUGCAACAUUCAUGGGGUAAAAAGAUUGACAAGAAACUAGUGAUCAAUAAGUCGAUGCGAAUCACAAAAGAUGGUUUUGUUCAUAAUGACACGAUGUUGCACCUAAAAAAUAACUGGGAACAAGAUAUUCGUUUCAAAUCUUUGUACUUAGAUAAAGUUUCAGAAAUGAAUAUAAAGUACAACACUUAUAUAAAAAACCACGGGGAUGUGAAAGACAUGAUCAUUGAUUACAUAAAAGCUUUAUUAUUAGCCAAGCCAGAUAAUGUGUUACAGUUUUCAGUCGAUUACUUUAAACAGUUUAAACAGUUCUAA